AUGCAGGACCGAUGUUUUUGCGUCAUGGGGGACGACCAUGGUGAGCUGAGCCUCCAGCACGAUUCAGUCUAUGGCGCUGCUGUUGUCUUGCCACAGGUUGCACGCAGCUGUGAGUGGCCAGGAACGCUGAUUGCAGCUGUCAUCCGAACCUACUUCUUCUGCUUGCUGAAUUUCACGCUGCAGGCUUUUCUCCUUAGCAUGAUUGGCGAAGAGCAGCACUUCUGGUACCCCUUCGGUGGAAAGAUGCAUUUAUGCGAUUUCGGCGCGUCCAUCCAGGAUUGCCCCGGUGCUCCCAACUGCGUGGGACCUGGAGGAACUGUGCUGUCUUACCCCAGGCUGUACGACUACGAUAUUUGGAGCACACGAACUUUCGUAAAGCAGAGCUUGCAGGUUCUUUUUCCCGCGAGCAUGGGCAACCUCGACAGCGCCGUGGACCCUGGAGAGUAUGGCUUGGAAAGCUUUAGCUGCCGCUGUUUGUGCAUUGGGCUGUUCAUGCUCGCUGUUGUGGACGACCUUGAAGACGCCAUGAACCUGUUCAGGACUCUGGUAUCCAUCCCGACGGAAUACGAGAGCUGGAUUUCGCUUGAUAUUCCAGAUUGGUGCAGCAAAGAGGACAUUAAGCAGCUCAACGAGUCGGAGGAGAAGGACUUUAUCCGUUACGAAAUUUCAGGCAUCCCACUCCACUGGAAGUUAUUCAACGCAUUCUUUAUCCUCUUGCCCAAGUGCAUGCUUUGGCUGGGUUUGGUCCGCAGUGGUGUCCACUAUUUGAUGGAAACCGCUGGGAUCAUGAACACGGUGGUCAACGCCAUGGCUUUGACCUUCAUCCUGCAGGUUGAUGAGAUACUGUUCCAGAGAUUAUCCUCUUCAGUGACAACAGAGAUCAUGUCAAAGCUGGAGUUCAAAGCCCUGUAUGACCUCGAGGAGGUCGAGCAAGAGUCCGAUGCAGAUGCGCUGGCACACUUUGAGGAGGUUGAGCUCAAGAAGAGUUGGGGCAGCAUCCUCUUCAAGACUUUCCCGACGAGGUUGUUUAUCAUUAUGGUCUUGCAAGCCAUUUUCCUGCUGGACUACUACGUAUCCAACUGCGACAAACUCGAGGAUGGCAGUUGGGUAUCCAAGGCCAUGCGCCUUCCUGCGGAUAUGGGCUACAACCCACUGGCGUUGAUGUUUGGCUGGGAAACCGUCGAAGAGCCAAAGCCGUUCUGGACAAUGCAGCAAUGA